CUUACGUGUGUGACCUCCACCUGUGUCUCUCACCUGUCCUGUAACUCCCCCUGUCCCCCUCUGCAGGUGCUUCACUGCACGGGUCACCUGAAGAUCUACACCAGCGUUCCUCCUCGUGUUCUGUGUGGCUUCGCUGAGCCCCCGCUCACCUGUGCCGUCCUGAUGUGUGAACCCAUCGCUCACCCCUCCAACAUCGACACGCCGCUGGACAGCAAGACCUUCCUGAGCCGACACAGCAUGGACAUGAAGUUCACCUACUGCGACGACAG